AUGAGCCAGGAGGACGCCCACCGCUCUUGCAAGAUUCAGGGUUGGUCGAGCAAUCCAGAAGACUCAGAUCACCAAUGUGGCGAAAGCGACACCGAAAAGACGUGGUUCCCUGGCGAUGGGAUCUGUCCACCAACUUCAGAGUUCCUGGCCUGCUGUCGAGCCAGCUAUCAGCUUUGGGCCCAUGCAGCAUCGUCCCCACGGCCAGACGAUGGCCUUCUCAUUACCCGUAUUACCCGGGCCUUUGUGAGGAUGCUCGAAAAUGUUCCCCGUUUUCUCUAUCAUCCGCCCAAAAACGUUGAAGUUUUCGGAACGUCAGGCACACGUUUGACUGUGCAGCCAUCCCUCCGCAUGCGAACCACAGAAGAUAUGGAUUGUACGCAGCACUAUAAAUGGUUUGAUGUUGUUCAAUGCCUCGGGGUCCCAGUACCUAAGUCUUACGAGAUAACCGCAAUGCAACAGCAAGAGAUCUCUCUCACCUCAGCACCCCUAAAACGUGGCCAUCUAACUAGUAUUAUAUUGGCUUGGUCGUACAUCCUUUCGUGUCGAUGGGUCGAGAUCCUACAAGAGGCUGGAUGGAACGCUUCCAUUCAGCAUGAGAGAGGUUUGCAGAUCGCCGAUAGCUUCUGGAAGUUAGUUACCCAAGGUCGCUGGCAGGCUAGCGUAAAGAUCGCGAAGGGUACACAUUAUUCACCAUGGAUGUUAAUAGAAAGCUUCCGUCUUGGAUCGUCGGAUUCGGCUAACACGCUGUGUAUGACACUGGCAAUGCUCCUGGGAUCCUGCAUUUCAGAAGGUCUUGAGGCUGAGCUUCUUACUGGACUGGCUUCGGUUCUGAUGCUCCUAUCACGAAAUGAACGGCCAUGGCUGAGUCCGCCGACUUCUAUCCCCAAAACCCCCAUGACCCCAGCUUCCACUCGCUCUGCUAGAAGUCAUGCCCUUUACAAGCUCUGGGGUUGUCUUGACAAGGCCAUGUAUCUCAGUUCCACGAGAGCUGCUAUUGAAUCAUUGAUCCGUAGCGCUUUCUUUGAUUCGUCUGUUCCUUGUGAUCUUCUGGGAGCCUUCUUUUCCGGUACAAGAGAGGCGCUUUCCUCUGCAGAUAAGUUUGACCCUCAGCGAGCGUUACAUGCAAUCACCAACCGGAGGCCACGUUUGAGCCCGUUGUGGGCUGCUGAGAUAUGCAUGGAUCCAGAUACUCUUUCGUAUGAAGUCCUCGAUUGUUUGCCACCUAUUUGCCUGCCUGCCGCCCUCUGGACGGGCACAAUGCAGUCAUUCCUCCAGGUGGCAUAUCGGUCCGACGAACCAGCAGAGCCAGAAGCAAAAUUACUUCGUGCCCGAGAGUUCCAAAUCGCUUACUUCUGCCAACCUAGUAUACCCGUCCCAGAGACACCUGCUCCUCCAUUCGGUGAAACGAUCUUGAACAACGUCAGCCGUGAGGUUGAAACACACAUGGCACAUGGACAUAUGACUAGGUCGUGGCAAAUGUACUGGACAACUAAAUCUGGGGCGAAGAAACCGGCGACCGCACAAUAUGUACUUGAACUUGUAGAAGCUCGAAUGGAGAAGGAUGUUGCUGACUACAACUUUGACGAAGAAUUCCCAAUCAAGUUAAGAGAGGCCGUGGACGAAAUUUCAUGUUCUGCAACAAGACGAAUGUUCAAUUGGCAUCGAGAAUACGAUGGCGGCAUUUCGCUUGAUGAUGGAACCAUGAGUCCUGAAACCGUUCGUUGCUUGCAAGCACAUCCAUGGGUUUCGGGCCCAUUGAUUGAUUCUGACACGUCUAUUAAAGUUGGUGAAGAGGAUGAUCACUGGAAUGACAAUAACCAACAUAUUCCAACCAAGGAAGAGAGAAAAGGCGGUGUUUCAACCAGUGAAUAUAUUUUGGAGUGGCAUAAAGAGGUAGAGAGAUGCCAAAGGUCUGAAGACGCCAGAGUCUCUAGUUGAACUCAUUAGUUCCCGUGAUACUCCGCCAAAGGCCAAAGUAUUCAUGGAUCGAUUGUUUCUCUAUUUCAUUUGCGGCGGAAAUGUAUUUGCUAGGCU